CUGAGUGGCUGUGGCGCAGUGGCUCAGUGGCAGUGGCGGCGUCGGCAGUUAUUAGUGAAGCGCAGUUCAGAGUGUUGAGUGUUGAGUCAUUUGUACAACAGCAACAGCUGAUUCAGCCGAAAUGCCAUCUGACAUCAUAGCUCAGUUUAUGCAAGAUGGGUUUCUUGUACUUGAAGAUCUCUUUACAGAAAAUGAAGUAAAUGAACUGAAAUCAGCUGGAGAUAAGUUGACACAGGAGAUUCCUACGGAUUGUCGCAAAUGUGUUUUCAGUACAACUCAAACCCAACAGAGUAAAGACAAGUAUUUCCUGGAAAGUGCAGAUAAAAUUAGCUACUUUUACGAAGCAGGAGCUUUAAACGAAGGUGGAGAACUGCAGGUCGAUCCUUCCGUAUCUCUUAACAAAGUAGGACAUGCUCUUCACUGGCUUCAUCCGACAUUUCGGAAGGUUACAUUUUGCGAAAGAGUAAAAGAGGUUUGUUACCAACUCGGCAUGGAAGACCCUGUCGUCGUACAGAGCAUGUACAUCUACAAAAACCCAGGAAUUGGUAGUGAAGUUGUGCCACAUCAAGACUCAACGUUUGUCCACACCGAGCCGAACACGACUGUAGGGUUCUGGAUAGCUCUGGAAGACGCUACUCUGGAGAACGGUUGUCUGUGGUUUGUGAGAGGUUCACACUGCAGUGGUGUACAUCGUAGGUUUAUACGCAACCCAGACAAUACCUCUGCAGACCUACUCAUCUACGACAAACCACCGCAGAUAUAUCCUAACUCAGCAUUCCGGUCGGAACCUGUCAAAAAAGGUACCUGUAUUGUUAUUCAUGGACAAGUGGUGCACAAAAGUGAACACAACAAAUCCCAGAAGUCUCGACACGCUUACACUUUCCAUGUGAUAGACGCGAAAAACUCAAAAUACUCCCAAGAGAACUGGCUACAGACAGAGGAAGGAUUCAAAUCUGUGUACCAAAACUAUUGAGAAAGGAUUUCUUCUUACCAUUAUGUUUUUUAACUUCUGAAGUUUUUUUGUUGAUCUCAAUAAAAGCAUAUUUUACUACAACUAGCUGA